UAAAACAAAUGAUAGACCAGAGUACGUAAAAUGGUCUCAGAAAAUGACCAGAAACAUUUUAAAAUUAAACAACCCACCUCAUAAUCCUUUUUCUUACUUUCCCAGUUUGCCUCUCCACCAGCUCCCUACAAUUUGCUACAAAGCUAUAUAAAUAUAACCCUUCCCUCCCCUCUUGUGUUUGUGAGAAGAGAACUUAUAGAGUAGUAUGGAGUGGCUCUAUGAUCCUCCGGUGCUCUUUUUCGCCUUUUUGGCGGUGAUCUUCGUGUUAUCGGUGCGGCGGCGGCGAAAGCUGCCGCUGCCGCCGGGGCCGCGCGCGCUGCCUAUCAUCGGAAACAUGCUGAUGAUGGACCAGCUGACGCACCGCGGGCUGGCGAAGCUGGCGGAGCGCUACGGGGGCCUCCUCCACCUCCGGCUCGGAUUCCUCCACGCGGUGGCGGUCUCGACCCCCGACGUGGCCCGCGAGGUGCUGCAGGCGCAGGACAGCGCGUUCUCGAACCGCCCCGCGACGAUCGCGAUCACGUACCUGACCUACGGCCGCGCCGACAUGGCCUUCGCGCACUACGGCCCCUUCUGGCGCCAGAUGCGCAAGCUCUGCGUCAUGAAGCUGUUCAGCCGCCGCCGCGCCGAGUCGUGGGCCUCCGUCCGCGACGAGGUCGAUUCGCUGAUCCGGUUCGUCGCGAGAAGCAGCGGCACCGCCGUCAACCUCGGCGAGGUUAUAUUCAACCUCACCAAGAACAUAACCUUCCGGGCCGCGUUCGGCACGCAGAGCCACGAGAACCAGGACGAGUUCAUAUCGAUCCUGCAGGAGUUCUCAAAACUGUUCGGCGCGUUCAAUGUCGGGGACUUCAUCCCCUGGCUCAGCUGGAUGGACCUGCAGGGGAUCAACAAGCGGCUCGCGGCGGCGCGGGGAGCGCUCGACCGGUUCGUCGACAAGAUCAUCGACGAGCACAUGGCGAAGAACGCGAAGGGGGCCGACGACGCCGACGACGCCGACAUGGUCGACGAGAUGCUCGCCUUCCUCGGUGGCGGCGGCGGCUCCGCGGACGGAGAGCAAGGAGGGGAUCAUCAGGGAGAUGAGCUCCAGAGUAGCCUCAGGCUCACCAGGGAUAACAUCAAAGCCAUCAUCAUGGACGUGAUGUUCGGCGGGACGGAGACGGUGGCGUCGGCGAUCGAGUGGGCGUUGGCGGAGCUGCUGAAGAGCCCCGACGACAUGAAGCGCCUGCAACGGGAGCUCGCGGACGUGGUCGGGCUCGAUCGCAAGGUCCACGAGAGCGACCUCGACAAGCUCCCCUUCCUGAAAUGCGUCAUCAAGGAGACCCUUCGCCUGCACCCGCCGAUCCCCCUCCUCCUCCACGAGACCGCCGAGGACUGCGCAGUCGCGGGCUACUCCGUCCCCAAGAAGUCGCGGGUCAUGAUCAACGUGUGGGCCAUCGGGCGCGACGCGUCUGCAUGGAAGGACGCCGACGCCUUCCGCCCCUCGCGGUUCGCCGCGGGGGGCGACAGCUUCGACGUCGACUUCAAGGGCAACUUCUUCGAGCUCGUGCCCUUCGGUUCGGGGCGGCGGUCGUGCCCGGGGAUGCAGCUCGGUUUGCAUGGACUAGAACUCUCGGUGGCGCAGCUGGUGCAUUGCUUCGACUGGGCCCUGCCGGACGGCAUGAAGCCGAGCGAGCUCGACAUGUCGGACGUGUUUGGGCUCACCGCACCCCGCGCCGUCCGCCUCUCCGCCGUCCCCACGCCGCGUCUCAACUGUUCAUUCCAUUGAACACGUUCCAUUUAUACCUGUAGCUAGCUAGCUAGCUACUAUGUACCAUGCACGUACCCAUCCUUAGUGGGUGCGGUUGUGUAUCAAUGUGUGUACGUUAUCUGAAAUUAAACUUGAAAUAUUUGAGGGACUUGGUACUUUGUUACUUUAAUUGAUUAAUUAAUCGAGAUCCCGCUACAUGUGGCUAGCGCUGCUUAUGUUUUUAUA